AUGAGAUCAAAACGAAGGCGUUCUUUAGCUGAUGACACCCUUGACUUUUCAAAAAAUUCGAAUCUAACGAACGUCAGCAAUAAGCGCGUUAAUAAAAAACAAAUAAAAAAAAAUGUUUUAGAAAUUUAUAAUGUUGCACAACGAUUAAAAGGAUUUCGAAAAGAACUUCCAAUAUGGAGAGAACGAAAAAAAUUAGUACAGGCUGUCAAGGAAAAUGAGACUAUUAUCGUUAUGGGUGAAAUGGGAUGUGGCAAAAGUACCCAAAUACCGCAAUUCUUGUUGGAUGCUGGUCUGGCAUCGGAUGGUGCUAUUGCGUUAACGCAACCGAGGAGAGUCGCUUCGAUAAGUUUGGCUAAAAGAGUUGCUAAUGAAGUUGGAACGAAGCUUGGUCAUCGUGUUGGCUACUCUGUCAGAUUUGAUGAUACAUCAUCUCGCACUACAGUUAUAAAAUAUCUCACCGAUGGCAUGCUUUUACGAGAAUUACUAUCUGAUCCUUUGCUUUUGAAAUAUUGUAUAAUAAUUCUGGAUGAGGCUCAUGAAAGAACAAUGCGUACUGAUAUUCUCUUUGGUAUGGUGAAAAAGGUUCAAGAUGCUAGAAAAAUAGAUAAAUCUUGUAAUCCAUUAAAAGUAAUUAUAAUGAGUGCCACAUUAAAUUCACAAAAAUUUGCCAACUAUUUUAAUACAACUGCAAUAUUACAAAUUCCGGGUCGACAGUUUCCGGUGAGCGUGAAUUACAGCUUUGUAUCUCAACCUGAUUAUUUAGAUGCUGCGUUUACUACGUCAAUGCAAAUUCAUACAAAUCAACCGCCUGGUGAUAUUCUGGUAUUUCUACCAGGCCAAGAAGAUAUUGAAAUUCUUGAAAAAUUAAUGACUGAAUACAACACGACUUUGCCACCGGAUAAACUAAAGAUAAUUCCGUGUUUGUUAUUUGCGGCUCUUCCAACAGAACAACAGACGAAAGUUUUUGAUCCCUCUCCCCCAGAAACUCAUACGGGAAAAUGCAAAAUGAAAAUAUUUAAUUCAAGAGUUGGAAUGGAAAGCUUAUCCAUAGAAAAUGUUUCAAAGGAUUCUGCUGACCAACGGAUGGGUAGGGCUGGUCGUGAGGCUCCAGGGUUUUGCUAUCGUCUAUAUACGGAAGAAGAAUACAAUAAAAUGGAAAAAAACACUGAACCAGAAAUUAAAAGAUGCAAUCUUGCAUCGAUUAUCUUAUUAUUAAAAGCUUUUGGUAUCGAUAAUGUACUUGAAUUCGAUUAUUUAGAUGCUCCGUCAAGAAACUUAUUAAAAAGGGCUUUGGAGCAAUUAUUUAUUUUAAGAGCACUUAAUAACCAUGGUAAAAUAACUGAUUUAGGAAGAAAAAUGUCAGAGUUUCCUCUUGAACCGGCAUACGCUAGAGUCCUUAUCAUGUCAGAGCAAAUGUCUUGUACACGUGAAGUAAUUAAUAUAGUUUCAAUACUUUCAGUUGACUCUAUUUUUUUUUCACCUCAAGAUCAACGUGAUCAUGCAUUGGAUAUGAAAAAGAAAUUUAUAUCUCCCCUUGGUGAUUUGAUUACCUAUUUAAAUGUUCUACGAUCAUACGAAACGCAUAAAGGAGAUUUGGAUUGGUGCAAACAGAACUUUGUUAAUAAACGAAAUAUGAAACAUGUUAUUAGCGUAAGAAAACAAUUAAUACAAUUGUGUACAAGAAUGAAAAUUUCUUCUACAAGCACUUGUUGCGAAAAUUAUGAAAUACUAUUAAAAUGUGUACUAAGUGGAUUUUUUCGUAAUUCUGCUAUGUUGCAACCCGGUAACAACGGUUAUAAAACCGUUGGGAGUAAUCAGAUCGUUAACAUACAUCCAUCAUCAACUUUAUUUAAUAAAAAAAUUGAAACUGUUAUGUAUACUGAAUUGGUACUAACUUCAAAACCAUACAUGAAAAAUGUUUCAGUAAUUCAAAGUGACUGGCUUGUUGGUAUUUCUUCAAAUUUAUUGGAAUAA